AUGGGGCGGGCGGCGUGGGGGCUGCUGUGGCUGCUGCUGGGCAGCGCCGCGGCGCAGUACGAAAAGUACAGCUUCCGGGGCUUCCCGCCCGAGGACCUGAUGCCCCUGGCCGCAGCCUACGGGCACGCGCUCGAGCAGUACGAAGGGGAGAGCUGGCGCGAGAGCGCGCGGUACCUCGAGGCGGCGCUGCGGCUGCACCGGCUGCUGCGGGACAGCGAGGCCUUCUGCCACGCCAACUGCAGCGGCCCCGCGCCGCCCGCGGCCUCGCCCUUGGCGCCCGCGCUCGGUCCCGACGGCGGCCGCGGCGGCGACGAGUGGGCCCGCGAGCUGCAGCUCUUCGGCCACGUCCUGGAACGCGCCGCCUGCCUGCGGCGCUGCAAGCGGACGCUGCCCGCCUUCCAGGUGCCCUACCCGCCGCGGCAGCUGCUGCGCGACUUCCAGAGCCGCCUGCCCUACCAGUACCUGCACUACGCGCUGUUCAAGGCUAACCGGCUGGAGAAGGCGGCAGCCGCGGCCUACACCUUCCUCCAGAGGAACCCGAAGCACGAGCUAACCGCCAAGUAUCUCAGCUACUACCGGGGGCUGCUAGACGCCGCCGACGAGCCGCUCACAGACUUGGAGGCGCAGCCCUACGAGGCCGUGUUCCUCAGGGCUGUGAAGCUCUACAACAGCGGGGACUUCCGAAGCAGCACGGAGGACAUGGAGCGGGCCCUGGCCCAGUACCUGGCAGUCUUUGCCCGGUGUCUGGCCAGCUGCGAGGGGGCGCACGAGCAGGUGGACUUCAAGGACUUCUACCCGGCCAUUGCAGAUCUUUUUGCAGAGUCCCUGCAGUGCAAGGUGGACUGUGAGGCCAACCUGACCCCCAACGUGGGUGGCUAUUUCGUGGAGAAGUUUGUGGCUACCAUGUACCACUACCUGCAGUUUGCCUACUACAAGUUGAACGACGUGCGCCAGGCCGCCCGCAGCGCCGCCAGCUACAUGCUCUUCGACCCCGAGGAUAGCGUCAUGCAGCAGAACCUGGUGUACUACCGCUUCCACCGGGCUCGCUGGGGCCUGGAGGAGGAGGACUUCCAGCCCCGGGAGGAGGCCAUGCUCUACCACAACCAGACCACUGAGCUUCAGGAGCUGCUGGAGUUUGCACAUAUGUACCUGCAGUCAGAUGAUGAGAUGGAGCUUGAAGAGACAGUGCCUCCCGUGGAACCCAAGGACCCGCCAUCCGACGCCGAGUUCGAGGGGGAGGGGGACUACGAGGAGGGCAUCUAUGCUGACUGGUGGCAGGAGCCGGAUGCCAAGGGUGACGAGGCAGAGGCCGAGCUGGAGCCUGAACUAGCAUGAGAGGGCCACCCUUGCACCCCUCAAGAGCUGGGGAAACCUGAGCCCAGUGAUACCGCCCUCACCAGCCUGGGCAGCAGCAAGAACUAUUUAUUAAAAAUGUACAACGGACAUAGCUGACCAGGCCCCAUCCCAUCCCACCUGUGAGCACUGCUCCCCAGGUCUCAGGGUCUCUGGGCCACAGGAUAGUGGUGCUCCAGCUGCUGACGGCCCAUCCUCCUCCCCGGUGCUCUCCUCAGCUGGACAGUCUCCUGGAGGAGAAGGUUCCUGCUCCUCCAAGCUGGGUCUCAGCCUGGAUUUCAGAGACAGCUGAGGGGCCGCUG